UACCGGGGUAAGCUCUCUCUGAAUCUCUCGAGACGGACUCGACUACGGCUUUGUGCUCGUACAACUACUGCUAUUACGGUAUGUGUCAGCCAAAACAGAGCACCGGUCUGGGGUAAGAGCUUGUAUAUCUCUUUCAUCUGCGUAUUUAAAAGAUAAAGACAUCCCAAUAGCGUCCAUGGUCCUUUUUUCUUCAUUCAUUUUCUCUCUUACCUGUCUACUAUCCAUUACCUUGGCUAAAACCCAACUUGAUAUUUCACUGUCGACUUCCCAUUCCCGCUAUUGCCAACGCCAGCAUGUGCCACUACACAAUUGGCGAAGCAAUCUACGAAGAUUGUGUGCCUAACCCGUCGCACGUGGUGAGGUGUGUCAUCUUCAAGAGAUGCCCCCUUCAUGAGGAUUCGAAUGAUGUCUGCUCGCAUCCGGCCGUCAAAAAGCCUGAAGGCGUUCUCGAAAAGCACAUGAAAGACGGGAAAUGUCCUAUCUGCCCGAAGUUUAGUAUCGUCAUUCGCGGGAGAUGCGUUGUAGUUCCAGAUUCGCCGAAGAGCGAGGACUCUUUCUCGCCUGAGAAAAUUUGUCUUUGAAGGGGAGGGCCGAGAAAGACGUUCUACUGGAGGUCCUUGAAAAUGAGAGAUUUAGAUACUACUCUAUUGGGGGCUUGAGGUGGGCAUUGGGCAUUGGGCAUUGGGCAAUGAACAAUGGAACUGCAUCUUCUCUACAUUGCCGACAUAGUACAAACAUAUA